GUGCCGGGGAGGGAAGAGGAGGGAGGCGUGCGCUGGUGCGCAGGCGCAGUGGCCGGACGACAGACCGUGUGUUUCCAAAAUGGCGGCAGCGAUGGAUGUGGAUACCCCGAGCGGCACCAACAGCGGCGCGGGCAAGAAGCGCUUUGAAGUGAAAAAGUGGAAUGCAGUAGCCCUCUGGGCCUGGGAUAUUGUGGUUGAUAACUGUGCCAUCUGCAGGAACCACAUUAUGGAUCUUUGCAUAGAAUGUCAAGCUAACCAGGCGUCCGCUACUUCUGAAGAGUGCACUGUUGCAUGGGGAGUCUGUAACCAUGCUUUUCACUUCCAUUGCAUCUCUCGCUGGCUCAAAACACGGCAGGUGUGUCCGUUGGACAACAGAGAGUGGGAAUUCCAAAAGUACGGGCACUAGAGAGAGAAUUCUUCCAUCGAGCUCAACUGUUCUGUUAUUCAUUUAAUGACUUGCCCUCCUGUUACUUAAUUAUAAAUUAGAUAGAACCGUGUCUUUUCUGCUUUGUCUUUUUAGUUUGCUAUUCCCGCAGCCAUAUUGUAUUCUGUGUCAAAUAAAAUCCAGUUGGAUUCUAGAACA